AAUCCACAAGUGUCAAAUGUCAAUUUUAUGUGUCAUGUGAAUUGUGAUUGGAAACUUAUUUUUGUUUGAAUACCUACUUCUUAAUUAAAUAUAUGAUAAUUAGACAUAACUAUUGUUAUUUUAUGAAUGCACGAAACAAACUGUAAACAAUAUGGCCAAGUGGAUCGGAUAUGCGGUGUCAGUUAAUUGUGGGGAACCGCUGGGUUGUUACCAGGGUACUAUCCUCGAAGCAGACGGUAGUACUAUAACCCUUACAAAAGCAUUCAGAAAUGGUUUUCCAUACCCGAAAUCUCAAGUUACGCUGAAGGCUGCGGAUAUCAAGGAUCUGAAAAUAAUAGAGGCUCGUGCAGAGCCGUCGGAGCAGACUCACAGCACGGUCGCGGUCACUAAGAGCAGUAAGAAGACAUCACGCGCUACUGUGUGUGAGAACCUACAGGCCAUACCAACUAGUUCAGCAACUAGCCAACCUUCUAACAAUGUAGCUGUGAACAGCAAGGCGGGCAACAGUCGUGGCACCGGCGCGGUGCCCGCGCGCAGCAAGCCCAUCGACAUCAUGGGCAACAGAACCAACAGAACUAACAAUUUUGCAGGGAGUUAUGGCAACACUGGUUCGACGCCUAAAUGUCGUAUGGGCGCAGGCGGUGGCGGAGUGCACGAGAAAGCGCGUCGAAAAAACGAGGCUUGCUUCGGCGACGCCGCCGACCCGGCACUCGACGACGACUUCGAUUUUGAAGGCAAUCUGGCGCUGUUCGACAAACGUGCGCUCUGGGAACAGAUGCGCAACUCCCACAAACCGGACCUGGUGCGGCAGGCGGAUGACGUCGGCAAGUUCCGGCACGACGAGAACGUACUCGGCACGUCGCACGUGGCGCGGCACGCACUGCGCGUGCCUGACGAGCUGCGCGGGCCCAUCGACUACGUGACCGACGACGGUGUGGUGGUGCCGUCCGUGGUGCCGCGCCUGCGCCGGCAGCUGUGGGAGGGCAUGCAGCGGGUGGGGUUGGCGGACAGCGCGCACACUCUGCUGGCACGCGCCGCUGCAGACGUAGCGUUACGGCUGGUGGGCGGCGGGCGGCGCCUGGAGCCGCGUAACGCUCAUCAGCAGCCAGUGGUGGUGGCACUGGCGGGCGCACACCGCGUGGGCGCCGUGGGGCUGGCGGCGGCGCGCUUGCUGGCCUCGCACGGCGCGCGCGUUGUGUACUAUGCUGAGGCGGCACCUUGCGAAGCGCUGCAGCGCGAGGCGGCGCUGGCGUUGAGCGGCGUGACACGCGCUGCCGACGCGCAUGCGUUGCCCAGUCCUGACCUCGUGCUGCUUGCGCUUUACGAUCCGCUGCUGGAUGACCAGCAAGAUCGUCAUGAAGAGGUGUUAAGAUGGGCGGGUGGUGUGCGCGGCGCCAUCAUAGCCUUGGAGCCGCCGACGCGCGGCUGGUACGUGUCGGGCGGCGGCGGCGAGGCGGAGCUGGCGGUGCGCGCGUCGGUGGCGGGGUGCGCGCCGGCCGCACUGGCGCCGUCUCUGGGACGCGUGUACCUGGCGGACGUGGCGCCGCCGCUGCGCCUGUUCGCCGACCUGCGACUGCAGUACCGCCCGCCCUUUGGAGCCGCUUCAGUGCUAGCGCUGCAUCCCGCCGACGAUUGACCUUAAACACUGUGAGUGCGUGGGCGCACAUGCUCACAGUGAAUGCGGGACGUGGGACGGAGUGGGUGUGCUGUGACGCGCUAGGCGCGCCGCAGACGCACCUCACUGACUCAAGACUGUAUAUAACUUCUGUUUAGCCAUGCUUUUUAUUAGCCGGUUACAAAUUGAACAUGAAAUGUAUAUUUUGUGACAUUAAGUUAUCAAGUGCAUUUUACAAUACAAUAUUCCAAGUUGA